CAAUAUUUACGUGGACUAUCCCGGUAGUAAAUUCAUUUCUGAAGCUUGUGUCUGUUUGUGCAUUGCUGAAAAAUCUUAUUUAUGUAUUAAUACAGUAGCCAUAUGAAGAAUUAGCUACAAUUUAUUUUGAACAACCUAUUAUAUAAGUACAUGAGAUAGAGAUACAAAAGAUAGAGCAGCUCGCUUGUGAACAGGACGGAAUUGUAUUGAUGUGGAAUAGGACCAGGUGUUAGAAUACAAAAGGAUUCCAGUCCAGCACAAGGAUUUCGGGAUGAGCUUCUUCAGUUUCGGACAAAGUGCUGAAAUUGACGUAGUUCUAAAUGAUGCCGAGACGAGAAAAAAGGCCGAGCACAAAACAGAAGACGGGAAAAAGGACAAAUAUUUUCUGUUUUACGAUGGGGAGACAGUCUCUGGGAAAGUCAACGUAACCCUGAAGAACCCAGGCAAGAGGCUCGAGCAUCAAGGGAUCAAAAUAGAGUUUAUCGGGCAAAUCGAAUUGUACUAUGACAGAGGAAACCAUCAUGAGUUUGUCUCUCUGGUUAAGGAUUUAGCUCGGCCUGGAGAAAUGGCUCAAUCUCAGACCUUUGAUUUUGAGUUCACACACGUGGAGAAACCGUACGAGUCCUACACAGGCCAGAAUGUUAAACUACGCUAUUUCCUGCGGGCGACCAUCAGCAGGAGACUGAAUGACAUCUCCAAAGAGAUGGACAUUGUAGUGCACACACUCAGCACAUAUCCAGAACUCAACUCCUCCAUAAAGAUGGAGGUGGGAAUUGAGGACUGUCUACACAUUGAGUUUGAGUACAACAAGUCCAAGUAUCACCUGAAAGAUGUGAUUGUAGGGAAGAUCUAUUUCCUGUUGGUGCGAAUCAAAAUCAAACACAUGGAGAUUGAUAUUAUUAAACGGGAGACAACAGGGACAGGGACAAAUGUGUACCACGAAAAUGACACCAUUGCAAAAUACGAGAUUAUGGAUGGAGCACCUGUGCGAGGUGAAUCCAUCCCCAUCCGUCUUUUUCUGGCUGGGUACGAGAUGACGCCCACCAUGAGGGAUGUUAAUAAGAAAUUCUCUGUUCGUUAUUACCUGAAUCUCGUACUCAUUGAUGAAGAAGAGAGACGUUACUUCAAACAACAGGAGAUUACACUAUGGAGGAAGGGAGACAUUGUGAGAAAAAGCAUGUCCCAUCAAGCUGCCAUCGCCUCUCAGCGCUUCGAGGGUUCGGCGAGUGCAGAGAAAGCACUUUCUCAAGCUAAAGAGGACGACAACUAACCCCAACCAUGUCUUCUCAUCUUCUCAUGUGUGUAUGAGUCAAAGAGAUUGUGUGUAUGGAUUUAAAGAAGCCUUGUGCUCCCAAAAUAGAUGGCAAUGUAAACAUGAUAUUUCACGUUCCUAAACACACCAGUUUAUGAUCAACAAGUUCCUAAGUAGCUUUUAAAAAGGGAUUAAUGUAUGAAAAGCAAAAACGCUGAUUCCAAAAACCACAAUUUGAUAUUUACGAAUUCUUCUUGGCGGUUCCUGAGAUUGUUUACUUUUUGUCCUCCACCCUGGAAUUAAUUGACUGUAUAUUUAUUUGAAACAUUUCAGCAGUUCAUCUAGACAAAACAAACACAUUCCACUCUCUAUAUUCUAUUUACAGCCUUUUUUCACUUCUGUAUUGAAUGUUUUGUUAUUGUAGAUUUUGUUCUUUCAUAACAUAACAGUGUUUCUGACAGUAUUCUUACCAAUACAAGCCUUUUUACUUUUGUUGCCAUUCCGUAAGAUAAAUUCUAAGCACUUCAGAGUUUUUGCCAAUGUGUUUUCAGUGUCUCCAGUGGGACCCUUAACUUCAUAUCAACCCAAAAUUACAUAAGCAUUUUUGCUUAGAUUUAACAAACCAAAUGAAUUUCCCUACAGGCAUGUACAGUAGCUAAACUAAAAUGCACCUGAAUUGUAUUUUUAUUUUGUCUGUCAGACUGUAUUGAUACAAGGAUACUUUAACAAGCUCCUUUAACAAGCUUUUCAAGACUAUAUGUUGUCGGAUAACACUUUAUUAUAAGCUUUCAAGAACUAAAAAUUAAUCUUAGAUAAUGUUUAUUUAUAAAUGAAUUAUCAUUCAACUUA